AUGAUUGGACGCUUCGUUAUUUCUGGAGGACGACAACUGAAAUUAUCUUCGUUUGUCCUGUCUGCAAACAGUAGCUCUAAAUACAGAAUGAUCACUGUAGUAUCAUCCACUGUCCAUGUUCCUUUGCAAAGGUUGUGUCAGUUAUCUUCUAUCAUAUUCAGUGAUCAUAGCAAAUUACACGGUACUGAAACCCAUCAACUCGUACUAGAUUCAAAUUUGAAGGCACGUGUUUUGGAAUCCACAUUGGCCUAUGUCCCGAAAUAUGGUUGGUCACGAGAAGCGGUUGAGGCUUGUUGUCAAGCUGAAGGACUACCUUCAGGAUUACAUGCCUAUGUUGCACCUCAAGGUGGCAUUGACAUAGUUUUACAUUUCUAUGCUACACGUAAUCAACAGCUGGCUGAAGUCAUGCAGCAAUGGAGGACAACUAGUGAUAGUACAAACAAGAAUAUUGAUAUUAAAGAACCAGACUUACCUCUAUCAUCAUACCCAUCUACGGCCGCUGAAGUAGAUCAAUUUUUAUAUCGUUCUUUGGAAUAUCGACUGAAACUAAUUAUACCAUAUUUAAGUGUUUGGCCACAAGCUUUAGGCUUGUUAUCUUUACCUACAAAUAUUCCUUUAUCUAUUGGUAUGCUUGCUCAACUUGUCGAUGAAAUAUGGGCUCAAGCAGGUGAUCGUUCAACUGAUAUAUCAUGGUAUGCUAAACGUUUGGGUGUUGCUUAUGUGUACAAUUUAACAGAAUUGUAUAUGUUACAAGAUAAAUCACCGGAACUUUCAGAAUCAUGGAUAUUUUUACGUAAACGAAUUGAAGAUUUACGAUCUAUGAAACAGAUGAAUUUGAAGGCUGCAUCAAGUAUGCUUACAAAUGGUGUUUUAGCUUUUGGAAAUGUUACUUGCAAUAUUCUCGGAUGGAAUCGUAACAAUUAGAAUGAGAUGUUUGUUUCUUUUUGUGAUAGGAAUAUUCUCGUUUUUGCUGUUUCUUACUUUUUUUCAAAACAAAAGAUAAAAACCAAAACUCUUUCUAUUCAAUUCUUUUUUCGCUCUUCUAUUAGGUUUUGUAUUUAAAAGCUUCGUAUAUAGUGAUUAUAGUUGUAUGCCAAUAUUAUUCAUAACGUAAUUGUGUGUACAUUUUAUACUUGUGUUUUAUUAAUU